CACUGCACUUGAGGCCCAAAAUGUUACAGAUCAACCGUUCAAGAGGGUGAGAUGUUUAGGAGAAAUUUAAAGAACAGGUUGGAAACUGAAAGGGUACGGAAUAAACAAUGGCUUCCCUGAACUUAACUAGCAUAACGACCACACUAACAGGAUUUUCAUGGAACUACAGCAGUUACAGGAGCACAAUUAAGUUUAUUCCCAGGAAAAGACAUGUUUCUGUCUCAUUGGCAACGAGUUCUGCUGAAACCAAUUCACCAGCUAUAUCAGAAAAGCCAGAAAUCGAUCUGGAAUUUAUUGGGCCGAAUCUAGGGAGUGAUGGGUCGUACCCAGUGGAUAAAGCUAAAGCAAUAAGCGGAGAAAAGUUGCUGAGGAACAUCAUGUUGGAUAACAAGAUUGAGCUCUAUGCUGCCUAUGGAAAAGUGAUGAACUGUGGAGGUGGUGGAAGCUGUGGAACUUGCAUUGUAGAGAUUGUCGAUGGGAAGGAUCUUUUGAAUGAAAGAACCAACACAGAACUUCGAUAUCUCAAGAAGAAACCAGAUUCUUGGAGGCUUGCUUGUCAAACUAUUGUAGGAAAUAAGGAGAACUUCGGCAAGGUUGUAGUUCAAAGGCUGCCCCAAUGGAAGAAGUGAGAAGAGAUGCAUAAAGUGACUGUUCACAUCAGGGACUCUCGGUAACCAAAUUCAACAUUCUACAUUUGUCACUCACAUAUAUAUUUUAUGUGAAAUUGUCAAUUAAGUAGUUCUAGUUUGUGAAGAAUGAUUGUACAAUUAUAUGCAUAAUGCAAUUGGCCUCAUCAAGCCCUCCUUCCAAAGUUCAAACUCAAACAUGGCCAAUGAACCUGCUCUCUUUUUUCCCCUAUCAUUUUUAGGUAUGAGCUGAUUUGAGAUUACAACUACAAUGUACCAUUCUGGGAAUCAGCCAUCUUCAUGAAUUGAAUAAAAAUUGUUGAGAUACCUAAUGACAUACCCCGAUUUUACUUGAUAGAGC